CGCCGCCGACUCGGCGCUGCGGGCUGGAGCGGGCGGCCGGGCGGCUGCCUGUCCAGGCCGGGGCUGGCCGCGCCUCGCGUCGCGGUGCAGUGCGCCGGGUCUCCGGGAGAUGGCUUCUCCGCUCCCGCCCGCUGCUCCCGCUAUUGUCUCACCCGGGGUGGCCUGACUCUGCGGGCUCGCGCACGCUCCGGACCCGGAGGGCUCCCCCGCGCCCGCGGAGCGGGUCCCGGCGCCCUUUCCUGCCUUACCCGCCGCCCCGGGGUGGGGGCCCCAGGGCCGGCGCUCGCGGCGGGCAGCGCGGAGAGGGGAGCGGCCCGGGCGCGGGCGGUGCGCGGCCGGCGCGCCCGGGUGCUGGGGACGCCUGGAGCUGCGGAGCCGGCAGCCCGCGUCGCCGAGCACACGCCACGUCGGGUCUCGCAGGGAAGCCCGCAGCGAGCACAGACUCCGAUGGGUUAGCCCCGCCCAGCCCGGGAGGCCUUGAGACGCAUGAGGACUUGAGGCUUGAGCACGGGAGCAGUGAGGUGUCUCCACACUGCCUCUCAUCUCUUCCCUCCGGUGCCCAGACACCAUGCCAGAAUCCUGUACACCUGACACUGGGAGGAAGUAGAAGACUUCCUUGUCUCCUCUGCUCCCCAUCCUCACCAUGUCUUCGACUCAGGGCAAUGGGGAACACUGGAAGUCCCUGGAGUCGGUGGGCAUCAGCCGCAAGGAGCUGGCCAUGGCCGAAGCCCUGCAGAUGGAGUACGACGCGCUGUCCCGGCUCCGGCAUGACAAGGAGGAGAGCAAAGCCAAGCAGAACACAGACUCCGCUCUCAUCAGCUGGGAUGAGCCCGUCCUAGACUUCUACAGCAAGCCAGCAGGAAGGCAGAAGGACCUCAAACUCUUACGUGGUCUUUCUGGCUCCGAUCCUACCCUCAAUUACAACUCACUCUCCCCACAGGAAGGGUUAUCCAACCACUCUACCUCCCAGGGCUCCCAGCCUGGCCCGGAUCCCUGGCCAAAAGGCUCUCUGGCUCGAGACUAUCUCUACAUCUUUGAUGGUUCAGAUGAGGGGCUCUCUUUGUCCCCGGGGGACAUAGGACUGGGGGACAUAGAUGGCUCUUCCAAGAAACUGUCCCCACCUCCUCUGCCUCCCCGUGUCUCUAUCUGGGACACCCCUCCACUGCCUCCCAGAAAGGUGUCUCCCUCAUCCUCCAAGAUCUCCCAGCCCAAUGACUUCAACACGUUCUCUUUGGUGGAGCAACCUCCAGGCAAACUGCUGGGGCGUCGCAUCCUAGAGGAGGAAGAGGAGCGGGGGGGCGGGGGUCCGGGGCGCGUCCUGGGGCCUGUGGACUAUGACGGUAUCAAUGAUGCGAUCACGCGCCUCAACCUGAAGUCCACCUACGAUGCGGAGAUGUUGCGUGACACCACCAGGGGCUGGAAGGAGGGCCGGGGGCCCCUGGACUUUGGCGGCAAGGACACUCCUGGGAAACCUGUGGCCCGGAGCAAGACCAUGCCCCCUCAGGUGCCGCCGCGCACCUAUACCUCCCGCUACGCCAAUGGGAAAAAUAAGACCCCGGGCAAGAACCGCCGGAUUUCCGCCACGCCGGUGGACUCACGGCGCCAUGCUGUUGCCAAUGGCCAUGAAUUGUUUGAGGUCUCAGAGGAAAGAGAUGAGGAAGUUGCUGCGUUUUGCCACAUGCUGGAUGUCCUUCGAUCUGGCUCUGACAUCCAAGACUACUCCCUCACCGGAUAUGUCUGGAGUGCUGUCACCCCGAGCCCAGAGCACCUCGGGGAUGAGGUCAACCUGAAGGUGACUGUGUUGUGUGACAGCCUACAGGAGCCACUCACUUUUACCUGCAACUGUUCUUCCACUGUAGACUUGCUCAUCCACCAGACUCUGUGCUACACCCACGAUGAACUGAGGGAUGUGGACGUGGGGAACUUUGUGCUGAAGCCCUGUGGGCUGGAGGAGUUCCUGCAGAAUAAGCAUGCCCUGGGCAGCCACGAGUACAUUCAAUAUUGCCGCAAGUUCGACAUCGACAUUCAGCUACAGCUGAUGGAGCGGAAAGCUGUACGCAGUGACCUGGCCCGGACGGUGAAUGAUGACCAGAGCCCCUCCACCUUGAACUACCUCGUCCAUCUGCAAGAGAGGCCAGUCAAACAGACCAUCAGCAGGCAGGCCCUGGAUCUUCUGUUCGACACAUACCAUAAUGAAGUGGAUGCUUUCCUGCUGGCUGAUGGGGAUUUCCCACUGAAGGCCGACAGGGUGGUCCAGUCCGUCAAAGCCAUCUGCAACGCCCUAGCCGCCGUGGAGACCCCUGAGAUCACCAGCGCCCUCAACCAGCUGCCCCCCUGCCCCUCCCGCAUGCAGCCGAAAAUUCAGAAGGAUCCCACUGUCUUGGCUGUGAGGGAAAACCGAGAGAAGGUUGUGGAAGCUCUGACAGCCGCCAUCUUGGACCUGGUGGAGCUAUACUGCAGCACGUUUGAUGCGGACUUCCAGACGGCCGUGCAUGGGAGCCGCAAGCACGAUCUGGUCCAGGAGGCCUGCCAUUUCUCUGGGCCCCUGGCCUUCACUGUCUAUGCCACCCACCGCAUCCCCAUCACCUGGGCUACCAGCUAUGAAGAUUUCUACCUCUCCUGCUCCCUCAGCCAUGGCGGGAAGGAACUAUGCAGCCCCCUGUACACCCGAAGGGCUCACUUUUCCAAGUACCUCUUCCACCUGAUCAUCUGGGACCAGCAGAUCUGCUUCCCUGUGCAGGUGAACCGGCUGCCUCGGGAGACCCUGCUGUGUGCCACACUCUACGCUCUGCCCAUCCCCUUGCCUGGGAGCUCCUCAGAGGCCAAUAAGCAGCGGCGUUUGCCGGAAGCCCUGGGCUGGGUCACUACCCCACUCUUCAACUUCAGGCAAGUCCUGACCUGUGGUCGGAAGCUUCUGGGCUUAUGGCCAGCAACACAGGAAAACCCCAGUGCCCGUUGGAGCGCACCUAAUUUCCACCAGCCAGAUAGCGUCAUCCUGCAGAUCGACUUCCCCACCUCAGCCUUCGACAUCAAGUUCACCAGCCCCCCUGGAGACAAGUUCAGCCCCCGCUAUGUGUUUGGCAGCCUCCGGGAGGAAGACCAACGUGUGCUUAAGAACAUCAUGCAGAAGGAGUCCUUGUACUGGCUCACCGAGGCUGACAAGAAGCGCCUGUGGGAGAAGCGAUACUAUUGCCAUUUGGAGGUGAACUCCCUCCCCCUGGUGCUCGCCAGCGCCCCCAGCUGGGAGUGGGCUUGCUUGCCCGACAUCUAUGCUCUCCUGAAGCAGUGGACCCACAUGAAUCACCAGGAUGCCCUGGGGCUCCUGCAUGCCACCUUCCCGGACCAGGAGGUGCGAAGGAUGGCCGUCCAGUGGAUUGGCUCGCUGUCGGACGCUGAGCUCCUCGACUACUUGCCUCAGCUUGUGCAGGCCCUGAAGUACGAGUGUUACCUGGACAGCCCCUUGGUGCGCUUCCUCCUGAAACGAGCCGUCUCUGACUUGAGAGUGACUCACUACUUCUUCUGGCUCCUGAAGGACGGCCUCAAAGACUCUCAGUUCAGCAUCCGCUACCAGUACCUGCUGGCAGCCUUGCUGUGCUGCUGUGGCAAGGGCCUGAGAGAGGAGUUUAACCGCCAGUGCUGGCUCGUCAAUACCCUGGCCAAGCUGGCCCAGCAGGUCCGAGAGGCCGCCCCAUCUGCGCGGCAGGGGAUCCUCCGCACGGGCCUGGAGGAGGUGAGGCAGUUCUUUGCCCUGAUCGGCUCCUGCCGCCUGCCACUCAGCCCUAGUCUGCUGGUUAAGGGCAUCGUGCCCAGGGACUGUUCCUACUUCAACUCCAACGCUGUCCCUCUCAAGCUGUCCUUCCAAAAUGUGGAUCCACUGGGCGAGAACAUCCGUGUCAUCUUCAAGUGUGGGGACGACCUUCGCCAGGACAUGCUAACCCUGCAAAUGAUUCGCAUCAUGAGCAAGAUCUGGGUCCAAGAGGGGCUGGACAUGCGCAUGGUCAUUUUCCGCUGCUUCUCCACUGGCCGGGGGAGAGGGAUGGUGGAAAUGAUCCCCAAUGCCGAGACGCUGCGCAAGAUCCAGGUGGAGCACGGGGUGACUGGUUCCUUCAAGGACCGGCCCCUGGCAGACUGGCUGCAGAAACACAACCCCGGGGAGGACGAGUAUGAGAAGGCUGUGGAGAACUUCAUCUACUCCUGUGCUGGCUGCUGCGUGGCCACGUAUGUCCUGGGCAUCUGUGACCGGCACAAUGACAAUAUCAUGCUGAAGACCACCGGCCACAUGUUCCACAUAGACUUUGGCCGCUUCCUGGGCCAUGCUCAGAUGUUCGGCAACAUCAAGCGGGACCGUGCCCCCUUUGUCUUCACCUCGGAUAUGGCGUAUGUCAUCAACGGGGGUGACAAGCCUUCCAGCCGCUUCCAUGAUUUUGUUGACCUUUGCUGCCAAGCCUACAACCUCAUUCGCAAGCACACCCACCUCUUCCUCAACCUCCUGGGCCUGAUGUUGUCCUGUGGGAUCCCCGAGCUCUCAGACCUGGAGGACCUCAAAUAUGUUUAUGAUGCUCUAAGGCCUCAGGACACAGAAGCCAAUGCUACUACCUACUUCACCAGGUUGAUUGAGUCCAGCCUGGGCAGUGUAGCCACAAAGCUCAAUUUUUUCAUCCACAACCUGGCUCAGAUGAAGUUCACAGGCUCAGACGACCGGCUGACCCUUUCCUUUGCCCCCCGAACACACACACUCAAGAGCUCUGGCCGCAUCAGUGAUGUUUUCCUCUGCCGCCACGAGAAGACUUUCCACCCCAACAAGGGCUACGUUUAUGUAGUAAAGGUGAUGCGAGAGAACACUCACGAGGCCACUUACAUCCAACGGACGUUUGAGGAGUUCCAGGAAUUACACAAUAAGCUACGGCUGCUCUUCCCUUCUUCCCAACUGCCCAGUGUGAUUUGGUGUACACCUUCUUUCACCCCCUGCCCCGAGAUGAGAAGGCUGCGGGCACCAGUGCAGCUCCCAAGUCCUCAGCAACUGCUCCAGGAUGGGAAUGACCCGGAUCCCUACGUCAAGAUUUACCUCCUCCCUGACCCUCAGAAAACCACUAAGAAGAAAACCAAAGUGGCCCGGAAAACCUGCAACCCCACGUACAAUGAGAUGCUGGUGUAUGAUGGGAUCCCCAAGGGAGACCUGCAGCAGCGGGAGCUGCAGCUGAGUGUGCUGAGUGAGCAAGGAUUCUGGGAGAACGUUCUCCUCGGGGAGGUGCACAUCCGUCUGCGAGAGCUGGACCUGGCCCAGGAGAAGACUGGCUGGUUCGCACUGGGAUCUCGAAGUCACGAGACCUUGUGAGCCCAGCAGAGCCCUCCCCUUUCCCCCCUCCCCUGCCCAGGACCCCAGGCUGCUGGGGGAGCCAAGGGAGAGGACUCAUCCCCUGCCCCAGGGGCCCUUUCCUUGCGAAGGGGCAGGGCCCUCGGUGGGCCUCCCCUCUGUCCGGGCGGAUCGGGCCUCUGUGACAGGAGGUAGGGAGAGUAAGAUGCUCUCUGCUGUCCCCUCCUCUGCCAAGUGAAUUUGGGUUCAUUGUGAUGAGCAGCCCCUUGGAGGCUGUGAGGUGGCAGCAAAGUUUUAAGUUUACCUUGUGUCAAGGGAGCAAUGCCUGGUUUGGGGUGAGUGGGGUGGGCUGUAUGAAGUAGCAUUUGCGGGGAGGGUGGGUGGAUUAUGUUUAUUUUUAUUUUUAAAAAAUGAAAUAGUAAUGUUGUCCUGACUGGACAGGAAGCCUCAUGCGAAGGGACUUCACAUAUGCCUCGGAAGGCAAGAGAGGAAGACUAUUUGGACUUUUUGUAUGAUUAAGGUUCUUAUUGGACUUUUCCUUAGGUUUUUGUUUGUUUGCUUCUCUGUUUUUCGUUUUUGUUUUUCUAUCUAUAGGACUUACUUGGGGAGGGGCCCAGUGGGUCCUCGGUUAGAGCCCUCCCUCUCUGAAGGCAGGUCAGGGAGGGGUGGGGAGGGCGGGUGUGCUGGACUGAGGCCUGUGCGGGGCCUUUCUGAUUUUGCCUCCAAAGGAGAGCGAUGUGAUACCUACGUGUGUAAGGAAGGGCCUUCCGAAUGGGGCUCUCAGAGGACCUGUAUUCAGGGACCUGGGCUCUCUCAGGGGGAGUUUUUCAUCUCAUCUUCCCCUACUUUGCUAGGACUUGCCCUGAAUACUGUCUUCUACCCCUCCAUUCUCACGGCCCCCCUGGGGACCGUCUGGUACCCGCAGAUACGCUGGGGGUGCUCCUCCAUAGGUCUCUCUCCCUUCCUUUUUCUCCGGUGGGAUAAAGUGCUGCUUCAGCUUUGAUUUGCUUCCACCCAAGGGUGUCCCGGCCCUGGGCAGGGGCCUCUCGGCCGCAGAUGCCGGGGGGGGGGGUCCCAUCAACCCACCACACCUCUCCUUUUUGUGUGCUGCUUUCCCCAGCUCCAUUUCUGUCACACUUUUUUUUUUUUUAAGAAUUUCCCUCAUUCUGUGGGGCCAUAAACCUAUUUAGUCUGGAGCCAAAGGGAUGCCCUAAGUGGAGGAAAGGGGCCUGGGGUGGGGGAUUCCAGUGAUGUUCUUUGGUUUCGAGGAGGCUGGAGUGGAGGGCAUGGUUGAUCCCCUGGAGCUGAGCUGGGAGGGAGAGACCGGGGCUCUUAGCUCUUAGCCUCUUUAUUCCCUACCAGAUGGACUUCAGAUUCACUCUUGCGCUUUACUCCAGAGGGUUGUAUUCCUUGGAAAAAGAGGGAGAGACUUCGAAAUUGAUAGGAACUUUUUAAAGCAGACUUGGCUGGAUGUACCCCAUGAGGGGGGCACGGAGGUAAUCGAGGAAACUCUCAACCAUCCCUCUCCCCAGCUUCCUUCUCAGCUCCAAGGAUCAGAAAUCCCCGCCUUGGCUGACUCAUUCCAUAACUGGAGAAAGAAGCUCCAGUCACUGAAGCCACAGGGUAGCAAGGAAACCUAAACUUUUAUUUUAGGUUCAAAAUGUCAAGGAUCAAGUAGCCACUGUGGGGAAGGGGGUGGGGGAGGUGGAGACAGGGAUGGAACUUCUCCAGAUGAACGGACCAUAGUUGUGUUACUGGCUCUUUGCCCGGGGCUCAUUUUAUUUUGACCUUCUGUGCCCCUGACGUAAAGAGGUCUGUGUACUGUACCCACUUCCCAGACAUCCUUGUGUCUGCUACUUUCUCUGGAAUUGUAUUUUCUAAUAAAUGACACUUGAGAAAAACAAAAA